AUGGCCUCAGUAGCAUCGGCUAAUGACGGCAGAGAGUCUGAGACGCUGCGGCCUGAACAAACCUCAGAAAAUACUAGUGACACAAGCUCAAAUUACAACGAACGGGUGCGAUUCAAUGGCGAUGGUCUUGAUACCGGCGUCCGAGUCCUAGGAGAUGGACGUCUCGAUAUUCGGAUCAACGAACAUAAACCGAGCCUCGCUGGAUUGCUGAAUCACCUCCAGAACACUCCCAUACACUCAGAACGUGAACAGGGCAAGGACACAUGUAGCACAAGCAGCCAUCCUGGAAGAGACGGCAAACACUUCCCACUACAUUUGAACGUCGUCAUUCAAGUGAUUGGCUCGCGCGGAGAUAUUCAGCCGUUUCUCGCUCUUGGAAAGGAGUUGAAAGCGCACGGGCAUCGCGUCCGACUGGCUACCCACCUCCAAUUCCGUCAAAAUAUCCUCGAUGGAGGACUGGAAUUCUUCAAUAUCGGCGGAGACCCGGAGGAGCUGAUGGCGUUCAUGGUCAAGAAUCCUGGACUACUCCCCGGGCUUGCGACUAUUAGAAGUGGUGCAAUACAGAAGCGGCGGCGUGAGAUGAGAGAAAUUAUUCACGGAUGCUGGAAGUCAUGUUUUGAAAUUGGCGACGGAACAAAUAUGCAUCAGAUCAAGGAAGAUCUUUGGGGGGAUACACCUGAUUAUCGACGGAGGCCGUUCGUGGCUGAUGCCAUUAUCGCCAACCCUCCCAGCCUAGCGCAUAUCCAUUGUGCUCAGCGGCUUGGGGUACCACUUCAUAUCAUGUUUACGAUGCCUUGGUCACCUACACAAUCCUUUCCUCACCCCUUAGCUGUUAUCCACCAACAGGAUUGCAAACGCACGGUCGCAAAUUUUGUCUCUUAUGCGGUUGUCGAUAUGAUGGUUUGGGAGGGAUUGGGGGAUCUUGUGAAUACUUGGCGCAAGAAAAGCCUCUCUCUUGAUACAUUAGACAGUAUGACAGCACCAAGUCUUCUUCACAGGUUACAGGUACCUUGUUCGUAUCUCUGGUCACCGGCUGUGCUGCCGAAGCCAGCUGAUUGGGGAGACAACAUUGAUAUUUGUGGAUUCAGCUUCCUACCAUCUGAUUCUGACUAUAAACCAACGGAAGAAAUCGAUGGAUUUUUAAAAGCAGGACCACCGCCUAUAUAUGUCGGGUUCGGUUCAAUUGUGGUGGAUGACCAAGUCAAGCUAACAAAGAUUAUCUUCGAGGCGGUUCGCAAAUCCGGUCAACGAGCAAUGAUCUCCAAGGGAUGGGGUAAUCUCGGUAUUGACGACGCUGAUAUUCCAGAGAAUAUCUUGAUAAUCGGUAGCGUUCCUCACGACUGGCUAUUCCGACAGGUGACAUGCGUGAUCCACCACGGUGGUGCGGGCACAACAGCCGCUGGCCUGGCGCUUGGACGCCCGACCAUCAUCAUACCGUUUUUUGGAGACCAGGAGUUCUGGGGAGGUAUCGUUGCUCGCGCCGGUGCUGGGCCGCUUCCGAUACCCCAUAAACGUUUGACUGUGGAUAAACUUAGCGACGCUAUUAACAUGGCGCUGAAGGAUUCCACAAGAGAAAAGGCACAGGCGAUAGCGAAGAAGAUGGAGAAGGAAUCCGGGGUAAAAGAAGGAGUGCUCAGCUUCCACCGUCAGCUGGAUUUGAAGGCGAUGCGUUGUUGCAUAUGCCCUUCUCGCCCUGCUGUAUGGCAUAUGAAACGAACAAAGCUGGGAUUCAGCGCAUUCGCAGCCUCUGUUUUGGUUGAAAUGGGUAGCCUCCAGCCUGAGGACCUAGUUUUGAGCCGAGCUAUGGAAUAUGAUACAUAUCGUGAUCCAAUCGGACCACUAAGUGCCUCCGCCCAGGUCCUGUUCGGGGCAAUUUCCAAUUUUGUCUCAGGACUUGCAGAUGUACCAACCGAAAUGAUGCUCGAUAUAGUCUCGGCCGGUAGAGCCAUAGGACACGCCCAUCCGAAGUUCAAACAUCAAAACAAAUGGCACCAAAAGCCUCGAAAUGAAGAUGAACUUGCGAGUGAUCAGUCCUCCACAGAGCAUACUGCUAACGAGACCCAACAAAACCAGAACGGACUACCUAGCUCAAGUCAUGAGCAAGAAUUGGAAGCACAAGAAUUGGAACAGGAUGAAGAUGAGGAGAUGAUGGACUUCGACGGCGACACACUAUUCCCUGAAACUGAGCUCGAAAAGAAACAUAGUCAGGAGUUGGACAAGUUAAAAACAAUGCGCGAUGAGAUCAUGCCCUCGCAUGCGCAUAAUGUGUUUAAUGUGGCUGCAAGUCACGGGCGAACUAUGUCUAUGAAGUUCAUUAACGUCGUUAUAUGGCUUCCCACUGAUCUCGCACUCAGCAUGUCCAAGGGCUUUCACAAUGCCCCAAAGCUAUAUCAUGAUCCGAUGGUCAAGAGCACCCCAAAGGUUAAGGGAAUACGCAGUGGCUUUAGAGCAGCUGGAAGGGAAUUCCGCGACGGAUGGUACGAUGGUGUCACAGGGCUGGUCACCCAGCCUCGAUAUGGCUACAAAAACAAAGGCACAAAGGGCAUGUUCAAGGGGAUCGGAAAGGGUAUCGGUGGAGUUUUUCUCAAACCCCCAGCUGCUCUUUGGGGGCUGGCGGGCUACCCCUUGAGUGGUGUACGUCGAACACUUUUGGACUCGUUGGGCAGGACCCAAGAAUGCCAUAUCAUCAUAUCUCGUAUCGCCCAAGGACGCGAAGAGAUGCGAGAGUCCUCGACCGCAGAAAGGGCCAAGGUGGCUCAAAGAUGGACUGUGAUUGAGGAGAAGCUAUGCCAGGGAAGGGAUUCCAGUCGACAAUGCCCUACUCGUCGAGCACGGCCGGUUUCGAAUCCCUAG